AUGCGCACGCCGCCAGCGGGCGGCCCACCACACCCACGUACCUUGAUCGAAGUAGCCUUGAAGACGGAGGACGAGCGAGCGGAGCGCCGCCUGUCGUUCUUUCAGACCAACAGUACGCCCGGGUGGGGCAGCCGGCCAGCGGCCAGCGCCACGCCUACUGUGACGGCGGCCACGAAGGUCGCCGGUGAGCAGGACAUUGAGGUGACGCCGGGCGCUAACGACACCGUCUCCGCCCUCGCCUUCUCCCCGACGGCCGACGUGCUGGCGGUGGCGAGCUGGGACACAUUCGUAAGGAUCUACCGUAUCGACAAGUCGAAUGCACAGCCCGUUCAGCCGUGGCAGCAGUACCAGCACGAGGGGCCCGUGCUCGACGUAUGCUUCAACGCCGAGGGCACCAAGGUGAUCUCGGUGGGCGCCGACAAGGUAGCCCGUUGCUUUGAUCUGAAUACCAACAUGUGUGCUGUGGUUGCGCAGCACAAUGACACGAUCCGCUGCGUGCGCUGGAUCCGCGCGUUUGGCGGUGCCCUGGUGACGGGCAGCUGGGACAAGACUGUCAAGCUGUGGAAAAUUGAGCCGCAGCCGACACUCAUUACUUCGAUUGACCUGCCAGAGCGCGUGUAUGCGAUGGACGUAAUUGGGCUCAUCAUCAUUGUCGCGAUGGCCGAGCGCAAGAUCAUGGCGUUCCAGUGCAACGAGGCCAACGGCACGGCGCAGCAGGUCGUCGACCAGUUUAGCCCCCUCAAGUACCAGACACGCUCACUUGCGGCGCUACCCGACGGUGACGGGUUCGCCCUCGGCGGCACUGAGGGCCGCGUCGCUGUACACUACUUCCACGACCCACCAGACCCGAAGGACGGCAAGGUGAAAAAGUUUGCGUUCCGCUGCCACCGCCGCGUGAACGCGGACCACCCUGACGUACCGCGGAACGAGACGCAACUGUUCCCCGUGAAUGCCAUCGUGUUUAAUGCACAGGGCACGUUUGCCACCGGUGGCGGUGACGGGUCGAUCAGCUUCUGGUGCAAGGCUAGCCGCACGCGUUUGAAAAGUACGUAUAGCGAGACUUACGCAGCUUUCGAGACCAAGGGCACGGCGAUGGCCCCCAAGGAGCUCUUCAAGACGAAUCCGAACCGACUGCCCGUCACGGCCAUUGCCUUCAACGCCGACGCAUCGAUCUUUGCAUAUGCGCUCGGCUACGACUGGCACAAAGGAUAUCAGGGCGCAACGAACGAGGCCCAUGUAUUUAUUCACCCAGUCAACCCCGAGGACAUCAAGAAGCGGCCACCCAAGGCCUAG